CGAGCAAGAUGGCAGCCUCCGAGACGGUUAGGCUACGCCUUCAAUUUGAUUACCCGCCGCCAGCCACCCCGCACUGCACGUCCUUCUGGCUUCUCAUCGACUUGAACAGAUGCCGAGUAGUCACGGAUCUCAUCAGUCUCAUCCGCCAGCGCUUCGGCUUCAGUUCUGGGGCCCUCCUGGGCCUCUACUUGGAGGGGGGGCUCUUGCCCCCCGCCGAGAGUGCGCGCCUGGUACGAGACAACGACUGCCUCAGAGUUAAAUUAGAAGAGAGAGGAGUUGCUGAGAGUCCUGUAACAGUUAACAAUGGUGAUAGUACUCGUUUAUUACCUAGAAAAGCAAAGAAGCGGGCAUUUAAGUUGGAGGAAGAUGAAGAAACCGAACUAGAUUACAAAAAUUCAAAGAAGCGUUGGAAGAGGCAUGAGAACAAUAACAGUGAGAAGACUUUGGAUCUAGAACCAAAAGCUGUCACAGAUCAGAGUGUGAGUAAAAAAAACAAGAGGAAAAAGAAAGCCACAUGUGGUGUAGUGGAUGCUGAUGGUGGAGAGACCGAAAGAAAAUCACCAAAGAAAACGGAGAAAUGUGAAUAUAAAAAGCAGGCAAAGACUCCCAAGUCUUCUAAAGCACAGUCAGUGAAAGAGUGGACCAUCCUGAAGUACAGUCCUCCAAAAGGUCCUGCUGCUAGAAACAGCCUUGUGAAAGCCAAAAGAAAAGGUGGCCCAAGCAUUCCUACAAAAGAGAGUCCCGAUGACUCCUCAGAGUCUGAGUCUUAUCAUGAAUCAACCAGUGAUGGUCUCAGCAAUGUCAUCUUGGAGGUCACACAUUCCCCAGAGAAAAUCUCGACUGAAGUAUCAAAGGAAGGAUCCUCUAUGAAAACCACAACUGCAAACAAAGGGGCUGCAAAUACUGGUUUUACCUCUACCCCCAUCAAGGGCAAGACCUCCAGAACAUCAUCUUCUAGUUCAGACUCUAGUUCAGAGUCAGAUAACCAAUGUGUGAUGUCAAAGAGUACCCCGGUGUGUACUGCAGAUUUCUUAAAGACUGUAGGUCUCUUUGCAGGAAAACGUUGUCCAGGGCCAUCCUCACAGGUUCCAAAUGCUGCUGGAUGGAAGCAGUCGGACUCAAAUGGUGGCAGACAGGCCCUUGGUCCUCCUCCCAAUGUGACUCUCCCCAUCACUUUGGGAAGAGGUUGGAGUAGGGGAGAGGACCUUCUUUCUUGGAAGGGAGCGAGGGGUCGGGGUAUGCGGGGCAGAGGUCGAGGACGAGGGCAUGCUGUUCCCUGUGUUUUAAAUAGAAAUGCUGAUUAUCAGAAGCAACAGCAGUUGAAUGAAAUGGUGACAAACUCAUCUACUGUUAUCCAGAAUCCCAUAGAGACACACAAGAAGGACUACAGUCUCUUACCGCUUUUAGCAGCUGCCCCUCAAGUUGGAGAAAAGAUUGCAUUUAAGCUUUUGGAACUAACAUCCGAUUAUUCUCCUGAUGUUUCUGACUACAAGGAAGGAAAAAUAUUAAGCCAUAAUCCGGAGACCCAGCAAGUAGAUAUAGAAAUUCUUUCAUCUUUACCUGCCGUGAAAGAACCUGGGAAGUUUGAUCUGGUUUAUCACAACGAAAAUGGAGCCGAGGUAGUGGAGUACGCGGUGACGCAGGAGAAGAGGAUCACCAUUUUCUGGAGAGAAUUAAUUGAUCCAAGACUGAUUAUCGAACCUCCAAGUAACACAAAGUGCGGAGCUUCCCUGAGUAUGAUCUCUCCACCUCAUGGUUUAUAAAUGUCUUAUUUGUGAAAGUGACUAUAACUUGAACUUCUUUUUUUUCUUUUAAAGAAAAUUUGAGAGUUGUAUGCAUUUUUGGUUAUCUUUACCGCAUAGGAAAAAAUCUACCUCAUCAUUUAAAAUAACAUGGGUGUUGCUUUUUUAGACCUCUUUUUUUUCCGCAGGCUUAAUUUUAGUAACAAAAUUCAGAACAUGACAUUCU